AUCAGCACAGUUGACUUGCGGCCUUGCUUGAAGAAGUUUCAUCGCAUUACUUUGGGAAGCGAAUAUAUUUCGUUCGAAUAGAAUUUGAGUAAAAUGACUAAGUUUAUAUUGGGUCUCGCGCUUUGUGGAUUUUUGGCUUUAGUCGCCUCCGCACACCCUUUGCUGGAGGAAGAAGGCUACAACAAUGAUGCAGCUAAUCGCCUAGUAGAUGUUCAAGGCUGGAUAGAAGAACCGGUUGCACUGCUGGUACGCCAUGCACGUUCUCCUGACUCACGCGAGGAUUCGUCUCAAGAAAAUAAACGAGGUCGAGUUGAGUUGAAAUACGAAGACACGCCGGAGCGUGGACGUGAAGCCACUUUCAAGUACAAUCACAAUUUAGCGAAAAGCGAUGAUGGCAGCUAUAGUGUUGAUGCUUAUGCACAGGGCAAGCGUAAUUACGAUUGGAAUCAAAAUGAUUUUCAAGGUGGUUUGGAGGGUCAUUGGCAUUUCAAGGGUUAAAAUGCAGUAAAAGAGUAAAUAAUGGACUUACUCAUAAAAAAU